AGAGAGAGAGAGAGAGAGUGCGAGUGUGGGUUGUGGAUGUGGGUGGCUCACGCUAGCACAGAGCAAAGGUGCAGCUUGCUAAGAGGAAAGCGGGGGGCUCCGAGGGAAGCCCGAGGGCCAACAUGACACCCGGCCGAGCCACGCACGCCGCAGCAUGCGUGGCCCCACAACGGGCAUGACGACGUCGGAUUCAUGGUGACCGCUGCAGCAGCGCUCGCUGGCUCCACAAGGUUCUCGACCACAACUUGGCCGCAGAGGGUCCGCGGGGAAACAUGGCCGAAGGAGGACCCACCAGGUCCACUGAGCAGGAGGAACGGGCUCGACCCCACGUCCGGUCAGGAUCAGGCUUCUGCAAAUGGUUCAACGUCCGCAUGGGCUUUGGAUUUAUCUCCAUGACCAGCAGCGAGGGGACCCCCGUCGACCCUCCUCUGGAUGUUUUCGUCCACCAAAGCAAGCUGGUGAUGGAGGGCUUCCGAAGCUUAAAGGAAGGUGUGCCAGUGGAGUUCACCUACAAGAAGUCCUGCAAGGGUCUCGAGUCCCUGCGGGUGACCGGACCGGGCGGGGGACCCUGCGCUGGCAGCGAGAGGAGGCCCAAAGGAAAGGUCCCGCUCCAGAAGCGUAAACCAAAGGGAGACCGCUGUUACAACUGUGGCGGUCUGGACCACCACGCUAAGGAGUGUAACCUGCCUCCCCAGCCAAAGAAAUGCCACUACUGCCAGAGCAUCACGCACAUGGUGGCCCAAUGCCCCCACAAGGUGCUGGCGCCCCCCGCAGGCUCUCAGGACCAACACGCGUCUACCUCCGCCUCCAGCCCGGGGUCGUCGACCUACCUCGCUCCCCCGGAGGAGGAUGAGCGCUACGGCGCCUCUUCCCUGGGAGGUUCAUCCUCGUCCCCCGAAGAGCCUCAAAGUCACCGCGGCCCCCGGACACAGAGGUGGAGGAAGUCCUAAAAGAAAGUCUCUUCGUCCUCGACACCACCGCUUCAUCUACCUCACACCUGUGACAAAAUGGGAGGUUUUCAUUUCUUCAGCUCUUGAUGUGUAUUUGUUGUUAUCGUCCCACGGCGACUAUCCGAGGGAAGCCACGGUGACUAUCCGACGGCUACGGAUGCUGACUUCAAGGGCGCCAUCUUGUGUUCAAUCAGGGCAGCUCAGGAGGCAAACAUGCAACGAUCAUGGUUUGAUUUCCUCCUUCGUCUUAUUCUUUUUUUUUUAUAUACCUACUGUUCACAAAUGUCAUCAAUUACUCUUUUUUUUUUUAACACAUUUUAAGAAGGUUCAUAUGGGAGUCGCAACCCUUAAGCUGUAAUCCGCACAUAAAUGACUGUUAAAAGCCAUCUUUAGGGAACCUUAAUGGAUUCCAGAUGGAUCAGAAGAUUUUUUAACCCAUUUUAUAUACUCUCCAGUCACAAUCUAAUGAGAUCCAAUUGAGAGGUGAAUGAAAAAAUAUGGGCGACGCGUUUGCAUGCUUGCAAAGAUCAACGCCUUUGUCGUCGUUGUCAUGCCUUUUUAUUCCACUAGCUUAGUUUAAUCGGAAGAGUUUCAUUAUGUUAAGAAGACUGCGACGGCUUGAAAAUUAUUAAUAUAUAUGUGAAGUCCGGAUUAUAUCUAUAAAUGAGAAUUUAUUAAGUCAUUUUUUUUCAAGAUCUAACUUAGAUGAUAGCCCUCUUGUGUGUGU